AUGCUUAGGAUCACGCCCACUCUCUUGAUCCUCCUUCUUCCUUCAUGUCUUGCAUUUCCAGUCUACAGAGAGACCGAGAAAGACUCCCUAGUCGCGGUUUGUGUCAUCAGCGACGCCCGGGAGGUCGCGGGACUGAAAGUUGCUCUCUCAACCAUCUUGUCCGCUAAAAUAAAAAAUGUUCAAAUCUUCACGUUGGAGUGGAUAGAAAAUGCCAUCGCCGAGUCCAUCGGCGCAAUGAUCACCUUGUUUGGCACAGAGAGCGUCAGGAUCGUCAGGAUGCCCAACGAAUACUUGACGCAUCAUGGAUACUCGAUGCUCCUCAAGGACGAGAAAUUUUGGUGGGCGUGUGAUGGAGAGUGGGUGCUCAUCUUCCAGGCGGACUCGAUCCUCUGCCUUGGGUCAGACGCGCGCUUAGAUGAGUUCAUGCUGUACGAUUAUAUCGGCGCUCCGUUCCUUCCCGGAGAAUGUCCGAGUGGACAUGACAAGGACCGCUCGAUGUGUCAGGACGACUUCGAUAAGAUGGCUACGCAUGCGGGCCUCAAGAUCCCGGAGGGCGUGGGUGGCAAUGGAGGAUUUUCGCUGAGGAGAAGAUCGAAGAUGAUAGAGAUGUGCCAGACGUGUGGGAGUUCACAUCCUUUCUACUCCUGGAACGAAGACAUCUUCUUCAGCUAUCCAUGCGACAACGUCACUCUCAGACUCCCUUCUGAACCCGUUGCAAGGAGAUUCAGCGUGGAAACGGGUGAGAGUGAACAUCUUCUGUGA